ACGGGAAGCUCGCUCCGCCCCUUCCCCUACGCACAGGAAGUGCCAUAGAGCCGCCUGGCUGGAGCGUCCCCUGCCACGCAACGGAGCAUCGAGGCGGGGCGGCCAGCCUGCCGCUUGCCAAGAUGGCGGCGGCGGCGGGGCCCGGGGCGGACGUGGAGGAGGCCAGCCUGCUGGCCUGGCUGCUCCCCGGGGCCGGGCCUGGGACGGGGAGCGGGGCGGAGCUGGCCGCCUACGUGGCGGAGCUGUCGGCGCUGGGGCUGGAGGCGCUGGGCCGCGAGCCGGCGCGCCUGGCCGAGGAGCGGGCGCGGCUGGGCGCGCAGACGCGGGGCUUGGCCUUCGCGCACUACAAGACCUUCAUCCGCUCGGCCGAGUGCACCGCGCAGACCGGCCGCGGCUUCGGCGGCGUCGAGCGCGGCCUCGCGCGGCUCCUGGCCCGCCUGCCCGCCUGCCACGAGGCCUGCCGGAGCUUCGUGCGGGAGGCGGAGGCGAUCGCGGCGAGCCGCCGCACCAACAGCCUGACGCUGAGCCGGCACACGGAGAUCCUGGAGGUGCUGGAGAUCCCGCAGCUCAUGGACACCUGCGUGCGCAACGGCUACUACGAGGAGGCGCUGGAGCUGGCCGCCUACGUGCGCCGGCUGGAGAGGAAGCACGCCGCCAUCCCCGUCAUCCAGGGCAUCGUGGCGGAAGUGCGCCAGUCCACGCAGCUGAUGCUGAGCCAGCUGCUGCAGCAGCUGCGUGCCGCCGUCCCGCUGCCCGCCUGCCUGCGCGUCAUCGGCUACCUGCGGCGCAUGGACGUCUUCACGGAGGCCGAGCUGCGCGUCAAGUUCCUGCAGGCGCGGGACGCCUGGCUCCGCUCCAUCCAGGCCGCCCUCCCCGACGACGACCCCUACGUGCAUGUCGCCAAGACGGUGGAGGCCUGCCGCGUGCACCUCUUCGACGUGGUCACCCAGUACCGCGCCAUCUUCUCGGACGAGGAGCCCCUGCUGCCCGCCGGCGAGCCGGCCGUCACCGAGAGCGCCAUCUUCCACGGCUGGGUGCUGCAGAAGGUGGCGGAGUUCCUGCGGGUGCUGGAGAGCGACCUGCAGCGGGGGGUGGGCGGCCGCUUGGACUCGCUGCUGGGGCAGUGCAUGUACUUCGGCCUGUCCUUCAGCCGGGUGGGGGCCGACUUCCGCGGCCAGCUGGCCCCCGUGUUCCAGCGCGUGGCCAUGGGCGCUUUCCGCAGGGCCGUGCAGGAGGCCGCGGACAAGUUCCAGGAGGAGAUGAACUCCUACACGCUGAUCUCGGCCCCGGCCAUGCUGGGCAGCACCAUCCCGGUGUCCGUGCCCUCUGCCCAGCCGGGGACGCUGCAGCCGCCCAUGGUGCUGCUGGACUUCCCGCCUCUCGCCUGCUUCCUCAACAACGUCCUCGUGGCCUUCAAUGACCUGCGGCUCUGCUGCCCCGUGGCUCUUGCCCAGGACGUGACCACGUCCCUGGAGGCGGCGCUGUGCACGGUGACCACCGUCAUCCUGGCGUUUCACCGGGCCGAGGAGGCGGCUUUCAGCAGGCGGGAGCAGGAGCUUUUCGUUCAGUUCUGCACGGCCUUCCUGGACGACCUGCUCCCCUACCUCAACCGCUGUCUCCAGGUCCUCUUUCCGCCGGCCCAGAUCGCGCAGGCCCUGGGGGUGCCCCCCACACAGCUGCACAAGUACGGCAGCCUGGGCUGCGUGGAUGCCAGCAGGAUCGGGGAGCCGCUGGCCUUUAUCUUGCCACCGAAGGAGGCAAGCUUCAUGCCCGCUGAGGAGAAAGAGCUGCCCCGGGAGAGCCCAGCACCUGUGCCAGCCCCGGAAGUGCCAGGCCCAGAGCAGGAGGCAGACCCUGGCACCCCAUCUCUGUGCGAGGCUGAGGACCAGAGCAGUGUGGAUGCAGGGGAUGUUCUGCAGCUCGAGGGACUGGCAGCUGCCACCUAGUGCAGGGAGGGACGUGCCUGGUGGAGCCUGUGUGGUCUGUGAGAGGUGCAGGCUUUCCUUGCUCUGCUAAGUGGAGGCAGAUUGGCCUGCAGCUGUCCUGAGCCCUAUGUAGGGGCAAGGCCGGGUUGGGGCUGUGGGGUGAGGUGGUGGGGGGCAAGUGUCCUGGUCAAGGCAGGGAGCAGCACAGAACCCGCCACCUCUGGAGGAUCUGUGGAAGCCUCUCGGGCCACAGGCCGAGGCUAGACAUACUCCAGCCCACUCCCCAUCAGAAGCCAGCCUCCCUGGCAUGUGCAAUAGGGCUGCAUGCUCUGAGGCUGGUGGUGCAAAUAGGAGCGGUUCACUGUGGAAGCAGGAUCCGUGUGCAGCUGGUUUGGGAAAGGUGCUGGGUCUUACGUGAAUAAAACUCAUUGUCAAUCA